CCACUUCUUUACCUACCAGCACCCACCUGUUGUUUGUAAAUAAGCAAUACAAAAGCCCGCUCACCAAUAGCGAACAAACACGUUAUUUCAAGUAAACAUUUUUUACCUGUUUGCCACAUUCUAUUCCUCUCUUACUCUUCCCAACUUCAGCGCAAAAUUUAGCUUUCAAUCUCUUCCAGACCCCCCCCCCCCGGCCCAAAAGAAAAAAAAACAAAAACAAAAAUCUCUUUGCCUUUUUUGAUGAAUUUCUCGAUUGAUGAUCAUUAGCAGAAGGUAAUCCUUUCAUGAAUUUUUCUUCUUUUUCUUCAAUACGAUGAUCAAAAUCAUUUGUUCAAGUUUUUGCAGCUUUCCCAUUAUUCCUCUUUAGAUUGUCAAACAGUACAAUAAAAGUUGAAAAUUUCCCUUUUUAGAUCUUGUUGAGGAUUUUAAUUGAUUUUAUGGGCCUUCGCUGAAUUUCGGUCGUGAUUAGAUAUGGGAUUCUAGAGCUUUGGAGGAUUCUUGGGAUAUUUAUAUGAUAAUAGGUCAUAAAUUUUAAGUCCACCCCAGUUUCUCGGUACUUUUUCCGUUUGGUUUGUAAGAAGAAGGUAGGUGUUAAAACUUAUAGCUUUUUAGGGUUUUUUUCCUGGUUGAUCUAAGAGAGAAACUUGGUUUGAUUGACCGCAACUAAUUGAAUCGGGUCUGUGAGGUUGGGUUUCUGUUUUAUUGAAUAUUCCAGCAAUAGAUAAACAAUGGAACUUUAAGCUUUUUCCUGCAAGGAAACGAUAAGUUGGGUGUUUGGAUUUCGGCGUAGAUGGAUGAUUCGGGUUUGGAAUGCGGAUUUUUAUCAGGUCCGAAUGGAGGGUUGUUUGAUCUUGAGUCAUCCAUUCAGAGAGAGCAGCAGCCACAGAAUCAUGUCGUCAUGAUGACUGGCCUCGGAAACGAGCACCGCUCCACUGGAUUAACGGAAGCAAAAGGCUCAAGCCAGAAAGGUUUUCCGAUGAAUUUUGGUAAAGGGAAGGGAGUUAGUCCGGUGAUUGCUAUAACUGAUGGAAGCAUGAGUGAAGAAGAUGAACCAAGUUACAACGAAGAUGGAAAUGGUGAGAAGAGCGAAGGCAAGAAUGGAUGGCCAUGGAAGAGAAUGAAAUGGAAGGACAAUGUGGUUAGGCUUCUAAUAGCAGUGGUUUCUUGUGUGGGAGAUGAAGAAGGUGUGGAGGGGCUUAAGCGAAAAUCCAGGAUUCUGCAAAAGAAGGGAAAGUGGAAAACGGUAUCCAAGAUUAUGAUUAGUAAAGGUUGUCAUGUUUCACCUCAACAGUGUGAGGAUAAAUUCAAUGACUUGAACAAGAGAUAUAAGAAAUUGAAUGAUAUUCUUGGGAGAGGAACUAGUUGUAGAGUGGUGGAGAACCCUUCUCUAAUGGACUCUAUGCCUCACCUCUCCCAAAAGGCGAAGGAUGAUGUAAAGAAAAUAUUGAACUCUAAACAUUUAUUUUACCAGGAAAUGUGUGCUUACCAUAAUGGACAGAGUAUACCCAAUUGUCAGGAUCUUGAUCUGCAGGGAUGUAUACCUUCUGAGAGAUGCUUGAAAGACAAUAACGGGUCCCAUGAGGAAGAAGUUGACAGUGAGGAUGAUGAUGAUAAUGAUGACGACGAUGAUGACAAUGACGACGAUUAUGCUGUUUGUAAGGAGGAAAGGAUGGGUGAGGUGAAGGAGAGGAAGAAAGCAAGUGCAGAGUGUGGUGGCCAUGAUGGUUUCAAGUUUCAAGAGGGAACAAGGUCAUCAAUGGUGGGAAAGGAUCGGAUAAAGAGACAGAUGGUGCAACUUCAGGAGGAAAGAGUGAAGUUGCAGACAGACGCUUUUGAGCUGGAAAAACAACGGUUUAAGUGGGUGCAGUACUGCAGCAAGAAAGACAGAGAACUGGAAAGGUUAAGGUUGGAGAAGGAAAGGAGGAGGCUGGAGAAUAAGCAGAGUAUAUUGCAACUGAGGCGAAAGGUAGUGGAAGUAGGCUCACUUGGCAUUGAUAGACAGAGUCAGAUUGAUAUGUGCAGUCAUUAAUAGUUCUCCUAUCACACUUAAAUUGUUAAAGCCUAGAGGCUACAAGUCAGACUUGCUCUUUUUCCAUACAUGUAAAGUAACAUGUUAAUCUUGAGAGGUAAUGCACGUUGAGCUGAAUUUAUCAAAAA